UCAGGUAGUUUACAGUGUUCAUAUCGGACUCCAGAGAUAAAGAUUCACUAGAAGUUCCAACGUUCUUGGUUAAGCCGAGCUUCUGAAAAAAGUCCUAAAACUUCUGAUUUAAGAGAAAAAGGGAUUCUGACAUGCACUGGCAGAAAUCGUCAAAGGAGAAGCCGUGUUAUUCUCUGCCCACUGUGAAGAAACUCCUGGAGCAGAAAAGAAAGCGUGAGACAGCCUCAGGAUCGCCCUCCGCAGCAACAACUAGUCCUGCUCCACCCAACGUUGGCCAGCAGGUUUCCACUUCCGAGUUGUCGACGUCUACAGGUGCCUGCAACCGCUUCUCAGACAUGCCGGUGAGCUACUGUGAAUCCUGGGAAGCAGUGUGUGCUCACCCAGGCCCCUCUGCAGUCCUGGAGAAUCCCUUUGCCUCCAUGGGGACGAGCUCCUACUCCAACCAGACAGGACUGGAGGACUCCAGCCAGGCCUCAGCUUACAGUCUCCCCAUGGUAUCUGCCUACAGCCCUCAGCCCAUCCAGCAGAGUGGCCCGCUCUAUCCAGACAGCCUGGGCCAUCAGUUCCAUCUGGAGUGUCCUGUCUCCGAUGCUGGGCCUAGUCUGGUGUCUUCCAGCCUUUGGUUGUCUGGGGCCGGGGCCCAGGGACCCACCCUGAGCCCCUAUCCCCGCCAGCUGGCUGUUGAAAGGCAGAUGGACAUCAAUAUGCUGAGAGAGGCCAGGGCCUUCUUUCAAGAGAGGGAUUACAGCUGGCACCCUGAUGAAGAUGGAGAUACGAUUCUGCAUAUCUACACAGCUAAGGGGCUCAGGGAGUAUGCCUUCGCUGCUGCAGAGAAGCUGAGAGAUCUUGGGACACUGGACACUAAAGAGCACAAGGGCAAGACUGCAUUGUUGGUGGCGGUGACGGCGGACCAGCCAGAAAUCGUCCAGGACCUGCUGUUUCUUGGAGCAGAUAUCAAUGCCUGCGAUGUCAAAGGUCAAACUGCUCUUCAUCUUGCUGCAACCUAUGGCUAUCCCAGGAUCCUGCAGGUUAUCCUCUCCUCCGGACCUGGAGUGAACCUGGAAGCCAGGAAUUUUGAAGGCUUGACUCCCCUUCACUGUGCAGCUAUCUCCCACGGAGCCACCGUGAAGGCUCUGUCUUCCGCGGGCCUGGCCGAUGCCAGCCUAAACGCCACUGCUGACGACAAGCUCUCCUGCCUCCAGAUGCUGCUCAGUGCCGGAGCCAUCAUUACCAGCCAGGAAAUCAAAAGCAGCAAGACUGUCUUGCACCUGGCCGUCAAGGAGGGAAACAUCCAUCUGGUUCGCUACCUGCUGAGGAUCCGCCUGUCUAACAUGAAGGACUUUGUCAACAUGAAGGCCCACGGUCACACCGCAAUACACAUGGCGGCUGGUCUCCAUGGAAACCCCCAUCAGGAAGAGAUGCUGAGGCUGUUGCUGAGCAAAGGGGCGGACCCGAGCAUCCGCAACCUGGAGAACGACCAGCCCGCUCACCUGCUGCAGAGUGGCCCUCGCGGUGACCAGCUCAAGCUCAUUCUGAAGAAGCGAAGUGCUUCCACUCGUCGACGUGUAAUGUCCUUACAGGACCAAGAGUGACUGGGACCACUGUCCCCAUGUAUCCCCCCCCCCCCCCCUGUGACAGUGACGGUCAGGAUGUAAGCCAUUGUACAGCUAAUAUUUAGUCUAAUAUUUGAUUAUUUUCCAAUUUGCUUACAUUGCAUCAAAGGUAGGGUUUACAGACAAGUUUCCCUCCAAUAGCUUUAUCCUGACAGCAGUGUGUUCAAGGGGAAGGGAUUUUUAAGUAUCUUCUUGUGAGGAUAUUUGGUUUUCUUUUUCAGAGAGCCAGAAUGACAUGCUUUUUGUUAUCAGUAUCGGUCAUUGUAUUAUUUUUCCAGAGUUGUUUUUUCUUCUUCAGUAUAACUUGAAUGAGAUGAUGUGUACUUUCGAUUUCAAAGCUAUUCUGAAUCUCUACAUUUUUGGCAUGUUGCUACAUUGACCUAAUCUCAUAACCUGAUCCAGGUUUUUAAAAUGGUUACAUAAAUAAACCUGCAGAUAAUUGAUCAAUACAGUAGACAUGCAGAAACCUAGCUUCAGUUUUCCCAGGUAUUUAUCUGCACGUAUGAUCUUUCGUGUAAGUCGGGGUAAUUAUUUCAACAAAGGAUAUAAAGGAAUAAAUGAAUAAGAAGACUGAAUGAUAAGGUAGAUUGUGAACCCCAUGAUCAAUCUCUUUCUCAGAUCAUACCUGAUUUCCAUGAAAUAGUUUCUAUAGGGUCAGCCCCAACACCUACUUAAUCCCCUUAAAACUUCCCACCUUGAGGAGAAAUCAUAUUGGUUCAUUGAAUGGUGGUUUUGAUUUCAGUAAGCGUUAGUGCUUUUAUUAAGCAUGCGUUUUUUUUGUCAUUUAUAACUCAACUCUUUUACUCUUGGUAAAUGUUUUUUCAUUUUACUAUGUGAAGUGACUGUGUAGUAUUUAUUAUCUUGGGCAUUAUACGGUACAGAGGUGUGAUUUGUUAUAAUAUAUAUUUUCCAGAGAGAGUAAUGUAUUAUCUUCUCUAUUUGAUUGUUUUUGAUCAACAUAAAUAACUGAAACGUACUAUUAUGGUAGAUAUGCAUCAUUGUAAAUGAUGAUAUGAAAUACCACUUCAUUCCAAAGAUAGACAUCCAUGGUACUAUUGGUACUACGAAAGUCUUGCUUUUAUGUCUUUUCCCCUGUUUUUCAUGUCAUAGCAUGUCUGAGUCACCGACUAGAUGUGACACACAUAUCAGAUCACGGUGCUGAAAGGCACCCGUGUGUCAGCAGGCAGUUUGAAUGUUCUUUCACUUGUGUCAAUUCUACCUCUAAAUGACUGUUAAGAAUCACUGAACUGACUGUUUGUGACAAUGGCACGCUGCUUAUGAUGUCACUGAAUUGAGUUUGUCAGAGCAAAA